AUGGCUGCAUUGGUUUUGAUUGGAGCGAUCCUGAAACCAAAAAUCCAAGAAGCCGGUAUAUUCAGAACUAUUGCUAAUUUAAACAACGGACAAUGUACUCGUAUCGAUGGUUUGGAGGCAUGUGAAGAUAUCUUUGUGGACCAGCCAACAGGCUUAGCAUACCUCGCUUGUUCUCGGCGAAAGGACCGUGCCAACUGGAUACCAGCUAUGAAUGUACUCAAUCACCGAAAGCUUGAGGGGCGAUCCUCCGAUUAUAUAGCACUAUUGGAUUUGAAAACACUCGAUUACCGGCCGGUGAAGCUGACCAAUUUGCCAGAACCACUGCUUGAGAAUGGGAUUCACGUCCACGGACUGGAUCUGUUUGUGGAUUCGGAGGAGCCUGAACCGGCCGAUAGCAACACAGCCGAAGCGGAACCCGAGUCAAUCCCCCCUCGCAAGGCGACCAUCUUUCUGACCAACCACCGCGCUCCCCGUGACAAUGAUGACCUACAAUCAGCAGGCACGGCCGAUAGUGUGAUCGAAGUAUUUGAUACUAUCGUAGGAAGUGAUGAGGCGACCUACCGAAGAACAAUACAGCAUGAUUUGAUAGUCACUCCGAACAAUCUUGUGGCUAUGAAUCAAAAUUCGUUUUAUGUCACAAAUGACCACCGCAAGAAAAAGCAUUGGGUGAAUCCCUCAGCCGUUCUCACGAGAAAUUUAGAGAUGCUUUUCUUAGAUUCUGCGCUGGACAGUGUUGUACAUUGUUCAUUUGAAGAAUCGGUGCAUUGCAUUUCUGCAUUCCAUGGCCGUCACCAAUUCCCUAAUGGAAUAGCCAAGGGACCGGGGAACACGAUCUACAUGGCAAACUCUUUGAACGCCCAUCUGCGAUUGCUUGAAAUCCAGCCAGAUAAUACACUCAGGUUGAAGGAGGAAUUCAAGGUGCCAAGGAUAAUAGACAAUCUCUAUGUAACCAGUGCGGGUUCAGUGUUUAUUGCUGGGAUUCCAUCUAUCUUAAAAUUCCAAGCUAUCUUAGGGGAACUAAACAAAGAAAAUUACAGCUUAGUUUCGCCCUCUGAGGUAUGGAAAUUCUCCAACAAAACUGAUAUUACCGAAGCCGAAUCGUCACCAAGUCAGCGGCUUGGACUGGAAAGGGUUUUUGCUGAUGAUGGUCAACAAGUCAGCUGCACCACUGGCCUGGCUGUUUGGGAUUCUAAGUUAUUCAUGACUGGAAUCGCGAGUCCAUAUGUGUCUGUUUGUCAAGUUGAUCCGACGAUAGCCAAUUGA